AUGUCAUACAUUAAUGACCUCUUAGGUGUAAUAAAGGGACUUCGGCAAGUAGUUGAAGCUGGUAUAAAAUUGCAGCAGGAAAAUUCUAGAUUUGUAUGGAAUAAUUCCAGCUUAAAACCUCUUUUACAAAACUGCACUACUAACCCUAUUAAAAGUUAUAAGCCAAAUGCUGAGCUUACAAAAGAUUUUAUUGAAAGAGCUUAUGUGGUUGCUCAUGGUUUUAGACAAUAUGCUAGUAUGCAUGUUCCUAAUUUUAAUACUUCAAUAGAAAGUGAAACUGCAAUUAAUGACCAACUGAAAGAAGAAAUUGAGCAGCUAAAUAGGGAGUUUGACAAGACAUUUGAAAGUUUGAAGAAGGCUGAGAAUAAGAAAUCAAUAUCAAAUUCACAAGUAUCCCUUGAUGAAUUUGAAGCACCAAUAGAAAAAGUGCAAAUGCAAGCUGAAAUACAAGGAAUAAAAAAUAUGCAAGCACCUAAUAUAGAACAAAAAGUGCAACAAAAAACAACACCUGCGGCUGAAACAAGUACAAGUCAAACAAUACCAAAACCAGUAGCAAAAAAGAAAAUAAGAGUCUCUCUUAGUGAAAACUCCAAGGCUCGAGUAGUGCCAUCAUCAAGGAUUGGACGAAUGAUCUCUUUCGGUUCUCUGGCUGCAGGUUUGGGAGUUGGUACUGUUGCACAGUAUGCCCGUAAUACAAUUCAGUCAGUAACUGGACGUGUUGACGAAUCUGCUAAUGCCUUUCUGUCGCCAGCUAAUGCAGAGAGAAUUGUUGACACACUUUGUAAAGUUCGAGGUGCAGCAUUAAAGCUAGGACAGCUUUUAAGUAUUCAAGAUGAUACUAUGAUUUCUCCUGAGUUGCAAAGAAUAUUCGAGCGUGUACGUCAGUCUGCUGAUUUUAUGCCGACAUGGCAAGUAGAAAAGGUGAUGAGCUCUCAACUCGGUCCGGAUUGGCGGAAUUGUGUACAACACUUUGAAGAUAAGCCAUUUGCCGCUGCUUCUAUUGGUCAAGUGCACUUGGCGGUUUUGCAUAAUGGAAAAGAAGUAGCGAUUAAAGUACAGUAUCCAGGUGUUGCCAAGGGAAUCAACAGUGAUAUUGACAAUUUAGUUAGCGUGUUGAAGGUGUGGAAUGUUUUCCCAAAGGGUAUGUUUAUAGACAACAUUGUAGAGGUUGCCAAGAAAGAAUUAGCAUGGGAGGUGGACUAUGUUCGUGAGGCAGAAUGUACAAGAAAGUUCAAACAGCUUCUUGCUCCCUACCCUGAGUAUUUUGUUCCGGAAGUUAUUGACGAACUUUGCGCAGCGGAAGUAAUGACCACCGAGUUGAUAGAUGGGACUCCUCUGGACAAGUUGUUCGACGCACCCUACGAGACCCGCCAUGACAUCGCGUAUAAAAUCAUGCAACUGUGUCUUCGCGAGAUGUUCGUGCUUCGAUGCAUGCAGACAGAUCCCAACUGGGCUAACUUCUUCUAUAAUAGUAAUACGAAACAGGUAAUUCUGUUGGACUUUGGAGCUACGCGAGAGUAUUCUAAAGAGUUUAUGGAUCAGUAUAUUGAAAUUAUAAAAGCGGCAUCGGACGGCGACCGCGACGCUAUCUUACGGAUGUCGCGGGAAAUGAAGUUCCUUACAGGAUAUGAAUCUAAAAUAAUGGAAGAAACACAUGUUGACACGGUUAUGAUAAUGGGCGAAGUUUUCACAAGAGGUGACGAAUUCGAUUUCGGAACGCAAAAGACUACGCGGCGGAUUCAAUCGUUGGUUCCAACGAUUUUAACCCAUCGUUUAUGUCCUCCUCCAGAAGAAAUAUACUCACUUCACAGGAAACUAUCUGGAGUGUUUCUCUUGUGCUCGAAGCUUAAAAUCAAAAUGAACUGUCGCGACAUGUUUCACGAUAUUUAUGAACAAUAUAAAAGUAACAGUUUUAGGUAA